CGCGGCCGCGCGGGGCCUUGUGGGAGCGGAAGUGCCGGCGCGGCGGGCAGCAUGGCGGCGGGCAGCAUGGCGGCGGCGGGCGGCGCGAGGAAGAAGGGGAAGGCAUCCGAACAUAAAGAUCAGCUCUCCCGGCUGAAGGACAAAGAUCCUGAAUUUUAUAAGUUUUUGGAGGAAAACGAUCGCACUCUUCUGAAUUUUGAUGCUUCAGACAGUUCUGACGAUGAGGAGGAGGGGUUACACGUGCCACCUGAUACACUGGAGGAAGCAAGUGAUGAAGAUGAGGAAGAACAUGACACAGUCAAACAGAAGAAAGUUGAUUUCAUCCCCGUGAGCUUGAAAAUGGUUGAAAAAUGGAAAAAAGCUGCAGAGAAACAACUAACACCAAAACUUUUCCAUGAAAUCACGCAAGCCUUUAAAGCAUCUGUAGCAACCACCAAAGGUGAUGAUGGUGGGGCUGAUCCCAGCAAAUUCCAAGUUACUGAUGCUGCAGUGUUCAAUGCCCUGGUGUCAUUCUGCAUCCGGGACCUCUUCAGCUGUCUGCAGAAACUUCUUCUGCUAAAAGCCCCAAAGAGUAAACUAAAAAUGGUCCUCCCUUCUACCAGUCCGCUUUGGAGCAAGCUGCGAUUGGACAUAAAAGUGUACCUGAGCUGCACUAUCCAACUCCUGUCUUGUUUAACAGAAGCCUCUGUUGGAGCAGCAGUCCUUCAGCAUGUCAACUCCAUAGUACCUUACUAUUUGUCCUUUCCAAAACAGUGCCGUAUACUUCUCAAGCAAGCAAUUCAUCUGUGGAGCACAGGUGAGGAAACAGUGAGGGUAUUGGCCUUCCUAGUGCUGAACAAGAUCUGCCGUCACAAGAAAGAGAUGUACCUAAGUCCUUUGCUUAAGCAAAUGUACAUCGCAUUUGUGAAGAAUUCCAGAUUCACAUCCCCCAACGUCCUGCCCAUGAUCAACUUCAUGCAGCGGACACUGACGGAAUUGUAUGCCCUGGACACACAUACCUCUUACCAGCAUGCCUUCAUCUAUAUCCGUCAGCUUGCUAUUCACCUGCGCAGUGCCAUGACCAUAAAGAAGAAGGAGAACUUCCAGUCUGUUUAUAACUGGCAGUAUAUUCACUGCCUGUAUUUUUGGUGUCGGGUUCUGAGCACCAUCUAUCCCAGUGAAGUCAUGGAGCCGUUGAUUUACCCUUUGACGCAGGUUAUCAUUGGCUGUAUAAAGCUGGUACCCACGACUCGUUUCUACCCCCUGCGAAUGCACUGCAUCCGUGCACUUACGCUGUUGUCUGAAAACACCCGGACCUUCAUCCCAGUCUUACCAUUUAUCCUGGAGAUUUUCCAGCAAGUGGAUUUCAACAAGAAGCCAGGACGUAUGAGUGCUAAGCCUAUAAACUUUGCAGUAAUCUUGAAGCUGUCUAAUGCCAACCUGCAGGAGAAGGCCUUCCGAGAUGGACUCAUUGAACAGCUUUACGACCUGAUACUUGAAUAUCUCCAUUGCCAAGCCUACAGCAUUGGAUUCCCAGAAUUGGUUCUCCCUACUGUCAUUCAGCUAAAAUCUUUCCUGAAGGAAUGCAAGAUUGCCAACUACUGCAAACCUAUCCGGCAGCUCCUGGAGAAACUGCAGGAAAAUUCUGCCUACAUCGCCAGCAGGCGUCAGAAAGCUACCUUUGGCGUGGCCAGCAGGGAGUCUGUGGAACAAUGGGAGAAGCAGGUCAAAGAGGAGGGGACACCUCUGACCAAGUAUUACACUCAGUGGAAGAAGCUAAGAGAGAAGGAAAUUCAACUGGAAAUCAGUGGCAAAGAAAGACUUGAAGACUUGAACUUCCCAGAAAUUAAACGUAAGAAACAAGAUGAAAGGAAGGAGGAAGAUAAGAAGGAAUUCAAGGACCUCUUUGAGCUGGAUAGUGACUCUGAUGAGGAAACUGUUGGAUUCUCUAUAAAAGGUAAAGCCAAGGCCAAGAAGGCAUCAGGAGCAAAGGAGAGUCCAGAUGACAGUUCAGAAGCAAGCAGCAAGGAGGACUAUGACGAGCAUGAUGAUGAUGAAGAGGAAGGAGAGUACGAAAUUGAGGAGGAUGAGGAAGAAUUAGAAGAAGACAGUGAUUCAGAUGAGGAAGCCAAGGAGGCUUCACAGGCUCCCCAAGGGUCACAAAAGCAGAGACGCUACACCUGCAGGAUGUCACGAGCUGACCUUGAACAGCUAGCACAAGGAGAAGAGGACAUUGUAGAGGACUUAGCUUUCUCUGAUGAUGACUGAGAACCUUCACAGCCAACCCUCUAAGCAUAUCCUUUGCAGAACUGCUGAUCUCUGGAUUACUCAGCUUUCACCACCUGGAGCUGAUUCUCAAGGAGGUGGUAAGAGCUGGGGACAACUGAUGGGAGAGGCCAGCCCUAGGUGCCUCCAAGGACUUUCUGGGUGACACAGCAAAGAAGCUACUUGGACUUUCAAGCUUUUUCCAACAGCUAUGCUUUUGGUAACAGUAAAAUCUGUGGUCACAUCAAGGCCAGUAAAACUGCUCAGUGAAGGUAAUAAAAAGUCCUCAUUAAAA